AAUGCAGCACUGCGUAGUUUCUAGAGGGUUGAUGAGAGAUCUAAAGUGACAGCUGUGAGCGCACUGAAGGCUCGGAGUGAGGAUCACAGCGCACUUCCGCGUCGGCGCUCUUUUCUUUGAAGCAGACCGUUAAACGGAGAGGAUGCGCGCGGACUGCACGGCGCUCGGGGUCUUUUACGGUGUGACGGUUUGGCUCGCGAGCUGCCGCGGUGCGCGAGUGGUGAGCGGUCAGACAGUGUGUCAUGGUGGCCUCGAAAAGCCGUGCUAUAAAAUCGCCUACUUCAGUGAUGUGUCCAGCCGCGUGGCCUUCUGGGAAGCUCAGCAAGUGUGUGAAGUGGACAGAGGAUCUCUCCUGAGCGUGGAGAACGUUACCGAACAACAGCACAUCGAACAACUCCUGCAGAAUCUCAGCAGGACCAGUUCAGGCUCGGGGACUGUCGAUGGAGAUUUCUGGAUCGGUCUGACCCGUGUGGACCGCGGGAGUCCGGGGGAACACGCCGGCUACACUUCCUGUCCAGAUCUGUACAGAUGGACGGAUGGGAGCGUGUCUCAUUUCAGGAACUGGUACUUCGACGAGCCGUCCUGCGGAGGGGAGGCGUGUGUAGUGAUGUACCAUCAGCCCACGGCUCAGGCGGGUUUAGGAGGACCGUACCUUUAUCAGUGGAACGAUGACCGGUGUAACAUGAAGCACAAUUUCAUCUGCAAGUACGAGCCAGAUUGGAGAAUUCACCAGAACGUUGUCAUUACAGAGAGCCACCUGGUGAAGGAGCAUGGAGACAGACCCGUGAGCCGCAACACAGAUCUUUCACCAGACCAUGAAGAAGUGAGGAAAACGUCUGAUGUUUCUGACGAUAAAAGCCUCGAUGUCACCGUAGCAGGGCACUCAAGUAUGCUGCUGAUUUACGUGAUCAUCCCAACCAUUCCUCUGCUCCUGCUCAUCCUCGUGGCAUCAGGGACCUGCUGCUUCCAGAUGCUAAGCAGGAAACCACGGACGAAAACGAGCGUGAACCAGUCAACACUCUGGAUCUCCAAGACGCCAAAAUCCGACAGCGCAAUGGAGGUGUAAAAGAAACCCCGCAACAACUUCUACACCUCGUGGUCCACAUGCUCGUACCUCGUGUUUUCCAAACGUAAAUCUCAGUGUUAGCGUCGUGAUCCACUCCAUGUAAUCCUGCGCUAUUUUUCUACGAUGGCUUUGGCUGCUGUUUCCCAUCCAAACGAAUCUCUGCAAUUAUUUCAUUAAUCUCUUCACCUAACGAGCCUAAUCAGGCCCGCGUUCCCACGUCUCCUCUCUCAUCCUGCUCUCCGCUUCCUUCCCUCCCUCCCUCCGACAGAGCCAUCAGCGAGCGCGACUCAUUUGCAGAAGGAAAUCUUCAGCUAAUUGGCAGAAAACACGGAGAGCAAUUAAAUUAGCGUCAUUAAGACGGGCGAAAGCCGUUACAGGAUCCACAUAAAGAGAUUAGUUUCAAGUGGCGGCUAAAACCAAAUACAGCCGCGCCACUUCCAAGAUUCUUCCUGUGCCAGAAAAAGACGGCGGAUUAAAACUGAUUCUAUUUGAGGAUCGGAGAUUUUAUUUCUAAUUUUAAAGUCACAGGGAAUAACAAGUCUCAAGUCCUACAUUUUAAAUUCAGUAUUAAUGCAGUAUCAGUAUUUAGCUAAUAGAAAUGAAUUGAAGUGAGACACAAACACCAGGUUGUGCUGUUUUGGGAAAAUAAUCAUCUCUGAUGUUGUGUGAUAGCGUCCAGCGCUAAGCAGAGUCACUGUUGCCACCCUAAAGUUUAUAAUUUUCCAAAAACAGCAUGUCUCAAAAAGCUCCUUACAUCAGCGAUUGCGAGGUUUGUACUAUUUAUCCACUCGUUUUUACACAAACAAUCGAGUUAGCACAAACUGAGUUAGCUCCUGUUCUAGCUUACAUUAUAGCAGCUAUAAACACUCACUCCUACACUGCCCCCCCCUUCUGUCCAGAACCUUUCCAGAAAAAUCUGUAAAACUUUUCCUCUAAUGGAAAUCUUACAGCCUGUUAGAAAACACUGACACUGGAGACUCCUUCCAUGAAUGAUAUGGAAUGGAAAGUCUAGGUCAUGUGACCGUAUGCUACCGUGACAGAUACCUAUGUAUGUUUAUUUAAAAACUACAGAAAUCUGACAAGACAUGCUGACCUGGGAACUGUCAGGUGGGUGGGGCAUAACAUUCUAAUGAGCAUAUUCAAGCUCGUUAUGCCAAUAAAGUACUAAUACCAGACAGGAAUGUAUCAGGAGUGUAGAAAUUUGAUCUCAGCACUGUAUGCUAAGCCUUAGCUUUGUGUUUGUUCGCUAGUUCACUUGUUUGCUUGUUCGCUUGCUGGCUGACCUUCCAUUGUAGAGUCAAAUAAAAGGUUCGAGCGAAUAAAAGGAUCACAUAGUUUUAGUAACAGCUUUCUUAGAAGGGACAAGUACCAACAGGUUUAUAAUUAGUACUGAUGAAUCUUUUGCAAGAUUUCCCCAUGAUUAGCUCCGCCCACUUUGCAGCCAAAAAAGGAAAGGAACGACAAACACAGUUCCUGUAGUUCAUGUAGACGUUAUGAGUCAGCGGAGAUUUAUGCUUCAUCCCCACACCAUGUUUCUGUGUAAAAGGAAAAAUAAAAACAACAUUAUUCGCAUUAGAUUACACUUUUCUGUUCCCCGGGGCUUUAAAAGAACCGCAUCAGUGUUAGAACAAGUUCAGCAUUAUGGUAACAUUCGCUGUUAAUUCCUGUGAGCUUCUCGCCUCGACCCGACCGAGUGACGUACAGAAGGGCCUCGGCAGACGUGGAUAUUUUUCUAUGACGUGUUUGACAUCCUCCUCAGUCGCGUAUACGCAGUUUUUACUUCUAAUAACGACACACUGAUCAUGAAAAACUUCAUAUAUAUGAAAUGUUGUAUAACGUGGAUUAAACUCAUCACCCAUACAGUGUACCGUAUAAUACCUACAGCCUGUGAAGUACAGUUCAAUGGAUGUAUCGUGUGUGCGUGUGUGCGU